CUCACGGAUCAGCUGAGGGAUCCGAGAUGUCCGUUGACAGCGGCGGUGGCGGUCGCGCGGCCGGUUCCGGGUUCGGCGCGGGGCGUGGGAUGUGAAGCCGAUGGAGCGGCCGGGGGAAGGCGAGCAGUCGCCUCAGCAGCAGCCGUGGGGGAGGCUUCUCCGCCUGGGCGCCGAGGAGGGCGAGCCGCACGUUCUCCUGAGGAAACGGGAGUGGACCAUCGGGCGGAGAAGAGGUUGUGACCUUUCAUUCCCCGGCAAUAAACUGGUCUCUGGAGAUCACUGUAAAAUUAUAGUGGAUGAAAAAUCUGGUCAGGUGUCGCUGGAAGAUACCAGCACCAACGGAACAGUAAUUAACAAGCUGAAGGUUGUUAAGAAGCAGACUUGCCCUUUACAGACUGGGGACGUCAUCUACUUGGUGUACAGGAAGAAUGAGCCAGAACACAACGUGGCAUACCUCUACGAGUCUUUACACGAAAAGCAAGGCGCAACACGAGACUCCUUCGAAGCUAAUAAAGAAAACGUGUUCCACGUGACCAAAGAUACCUCAGGUGCAGGGCGAGGCGACGACCCCCAGGAUCCCCAGGUCCUGCCGUCGCCACCCGCCACUCAGGUGUGCUUUGAGGAACCACAGCCAUCAACGUCCACAUCGGACCUCUUCCCCACGGCCUCUACCUCUUCCAUGGAGCCCACCUCUGCAGGGCGAGGGCCUGCCUCCAGCUCCGGCUCGAGAGGUGCAGACGUCUCCCCAAAAGGGUGUGGUCCAUCUGUGGCAAGUGAUGAAAUCGCCAGCUUCCCUUUGGCUCUCUCUGAAAGAGAGGGGGCAUCCUUUUCUCCGUCGGAACCCCAGGAUCAGGAGGAGUUGGAGCCCGUUAAGAAGAGAGUAAAAGCAGACGGGGAGCCCGCCCUGAACCUGCCCAUGCUGGUCACAGACCCGGGCGGAGACCCCCACAGUGCCCUUGACGUCAGGGCCGCGACAGUGAAGCCAGACAAGAUGGAGGAGACGCUCACGUGCAUCAUCUGCCAGGACCUGCUGCACGACUGUGUGAGCCUGCAGCCCUGUAUGCACACCUUCUGCGCCGCCUGCUACUCGGGCUGGAUGGAGCGCUCUGCCCUGUGCCCCACCUGCCGCUGUCCGGUGGAGCGGAUCUGUAAAAACCACAUCCUCAACAACCUGGUGGAGGCGUAUCUGCUGCAGCACCCGGACAAGAGGCGCAGCGAGGAAGACCUGCGCAGCAUGGCCGCCAGGAACAGGAUCACGCAGGACAUGCUGCAGCCCAAGGUCAGGAGGGCCUUCUCCGACGAGGAGGGGAGCUCCGAGGACCUGCUGGAGCUGUCAGACGUGGACAGCGAGUCCUCGGACGUCAGCCAGCCAUACAUCGUGUGCAGACAAUGCCCCGAGUACCGCAGGCAGGGGGGGCGGCCCCUUCCCUGCCCAGGGCCCGGCAGUGAGCCAGGGGCACCGCAGGCCCCUGGGGAUGCACCAUCGACGUCCGUCAGCAUCACGACAGCCCAGGACUACGUGUGUGCCCUGCAAGGAAGCCACGCCAUAUGCACCUGCUGCUUCCAGCCCAUGCCCGACCGGAGGGCGGAGCGCGAGCGGGACCCCCGCAUCGCCCCCCAGCAGUGUGCCAUCUGCCUGCAGCCCUUCUGCCACCUGUACUGGGGCUGCGCCCGGACCGGCUGCCUCGGCUGUCUGGCCCCGUUCUGCGAACUCAACCUGGGCGACCGGUGUCUGGACGGGGUGCUGAGCAACAACAACUACGAGUCGGACGUGCUGAAGGUAUUCCUUCAUACCCGUCACACAAGAAGCCACAGGAAUGGUGUCCCACAGUUCCAGCUCCUGCUCGGCCUGCGCCGACUGGCGCAGGGGGCGCGGCCGGCCCUCGGGUGGAACCAGGACUGCCCUCUCGCUCUCUUCCCGCGUUUCAGGGGGCAGCCGGCUUUUAGAACUUCAGUGCUUAACGGGCACGUCAGUCUCUUGCCAGGAGUCUUGCUUUCACCUGGAUCAUGCGCGGCGUCGGCCGCCAGGAAUUAUUUGGCCACCAGGGGUUUGACGUGGAAAAACAUGUUGACUGAGAGCCUCGGGGCUCUACAGAGGGGAGCGUUCCUGCUGUCUGAUCACAGAAUCACCGGGAACACCGUGCUGUGCUACUGCUGUGGCCUGCGGAGCUUCCGCGAGCUGACCUACCAGUAUCGGCAGAACAUCCCUGCUUCCGAGCUGCCGGUGGCCGUAACGUCCCGUCCUGAUUGCUACUGGGGCCGCAACUGCCGCACUCAGGUGAAGGCCCACCACGCAAUGAAAUUCAAUCACAUCUGUGAACAGACGAGGUUCAAGAACUAAGCAUCCAGGGAGGCAGCACAAUGGCUUGGGAGUAUUGCCGGUCAAUGACACGUGUCUCAGAAAAUACUGAAUACAGACGCUUUAAGGGCAUUUCACAGUCCCCCUCAGGGGACGCCGGGGGUCUCUGCGUCGGGCACUCUGGUGUGACCUUUCUCUUGUGGAGCGAGACCCUCUCGGCGAGAACCCUACCAGUGGCGCCCAGAGCCCUGGGCCAGAGCAAGAGCCGUCAGCCGUCCCCUCCUGUUGAAGAUGACCACGAGGUUUGCUCUCUGUACCUUUCCCACAACCACGGUCAAAGCAGACGUCUCUCUUCAAGAAAAGUGCUCUGGGAGAAGAAGGGGAGUUUGUCAGAAACACUGUGCUGUUUGAGGGAAGGGAACAAAGUUUCCAGCGGGGGCACGCACAGCGGCUGACCUGUGCACUUUCAUAGGUUCGGUGCUCAUCUCCUAAUAAGGCUUAAAUAUCGCAACCUGUAGCACAAAUGAUAUAACUUAUAAUUUACAAGUUGACUAAAAUGGGAGAUAGUAUGAUAUUUGAAAGAAUAAGCAUAUGUUUCUGUUUAUAAAAGAAAAAUCAUCAGACGUCCAGGGACCCCGGCGCCGAGGGCGUGCUUGGGUCACUGCCACUCCGGGCUCCUCAGCACAGCUGCAGCCCCGCCAACCUGUCCGGCCUUCUUCACUCCUCCCCUGCGGCCGGGGCCGGGGUGGCCCAGGGACGUGGGGUGCAGGUCGUCCCUGGUGGCACCCCGGCCCGCCUGUAGCAGCUUCUUCCCACCGAGAGCUUCCGCAAGUCCUUGCCCUUUCCGCCUGCUAUGGGUUUGCCGUGUCAUCUGGAAUAAUACUUGAAAUUUUAUUGUUUAAAAAAAAAAGUUUUUUAUCAGUUGUUGAAAUCACCUGUUACGUUUGUUUGCAAAAUUGUACCUUUUUUGCUUCUUCUCAGGAAUACGAUUUUCAACUUUGUGUUGCUCUUGAUACAGACUCUGAGAAGCAGCGCUCCGUGGAAGAAGGCCUCCUUCCUGCGUUCUAAUAAACAAGCCGUGUCUGUUUCUCU